AUGUCAACAAUUCCGCGCGCCGCUGCUCUCGCCCUGCGCCUCGCACAGGUUGCCUUUGCUACUAUCGUCGCCGGCAUCGUUGGAUACUAUAUACAUGUCCUCGGGUCUGAAGGAGACGGUUGGCCCAUUGGCCGAUGGAUCUUCGUCGAAGCUCUGGCCGGCCUGUCAAUUAUGCUUGGCUGUGUCUUGAUGAUUCCUAAUUUAUUCGGAUGGUUUGUCUGGCCUAUCGACAUUAUCAUCAGUCUAGCCUGGUUCGCUGCUUUCGGCAAUCUCAUCAACGCCCUUGACGGUACUUUGUGCGGACAAAUUAGUGAUAUCGGCUCCUUCAGCGGCACAGGUGCCGACUGCGCCCAGUGGCAAGCUGGAGAGUCGUUUGCAUUCUUGUCAGGAAUAGCCUGGCUGGUCACCGGCUUUUGGGGCUUGUUCUACGUGUGGCGUGCCGACCAACAACGUCUUGGAUACUGGACCGGCCGAUACGCCGUCUAA